UUCAUGAUUAUUGCGAAGAAGUGCAUCAUUCAAAGAUGUACAGUAAAUUAAUCAUUUCGUUAGCCCUUAUUAACUUCGUUUACAUCUCAAGUAGUGAUUGCUACGUGGCAAGUAAUUAUCCACAAGAUGACAUCGAGCUUAGACGUGGAUAUGGAGGAAGCGGUGGUAGUCAAAGAGGAGUAAAGGGUGGAAGUAGAAGAGGAAAUGUUAUUGAAGCAACUACAGGUGAAGGAACAAAUGAUAACACUGGAAAUGUAGGAUAUUAUCCGUUUAGAGCUAGACCAUAUCCUAGUCCGGUAGAUUCAACAAGGAGUAGAACCGAAGAUGAUGCUGGUGGCAGCAGAUACAGGGGUUACGGAUCGAGAGAUACCCAUGAUGGUAGUGCUUUUGGACAAAGGCAAGAAAGCAGUCGCACUGAUGGUCAAACUCGGUAUCAAGAUAGACCCACUGGAAGAUACGAUACAAACAGGGGCAGUUCAUUGAGGCAAGAUUCAAACGAGUUUAGUCGCAAUGAUUACAGAGGAGGACAAAGUGGAAGGUCCGAGGGAAAUGAAGAUUUAAAUAGAGGAAAUUAUAUGUGUCAUGGUAUAGUUGAUUCAAGUGAUUCGCGAUAUACGAGUGGAUACAGAGGAUACGGUAGUGGAAGUAAUCCAGAAUUGACCAGUGGUAGUUUCAGGGUAGAUGGUAACAGUAGAGUUGACGAGAGUCGUACGAGUGGGCAGAGAUUAUCAAGUGAUACUGAUGUUCCUGUACCUUCAUCAGGAGUGAAGACGAAAACAAAAAGAAUAAACUAUAUAGGCCAAGGAGAGCCUGGAAUACACUACUAACAUUAUACAUUUUAUAUUACAUUCUUAUAAUAAAAUGUAUACUCGCAAACAGUAA